CCCAUUGUGCCUGGAUCCGCACUGCCUCUUCCUUCUCUUUUGGUCUGACUAGGGGAGACUAGAACAACAUUGAAUGACUCGUCGGCAAGUAGAUGCGGUACUACUAUAUACAAGGACUCCCCUUCGGUCGGCUCUACGACAGCUAUUAUACGAUUUUGGCGCUCACUGGUGCCGGCUUUAUCUUGGCACUUCUUGGCAUCGCCACUUACGCAUGGUUUGGACUUCAGCGGGUUGUUGGGAUAUUCACAUUGGCUUGUCUAGGUGUUAGUUUGUUGUCAUGUGUGUGUGGGCGGUGGUGUACUGAGCCUGCUUUGACUACGUACGGCCCAUACCCUUGACGACUUGCAUGAUUAUCGAUUACGUUCUAUAGUCUCACUCGUGUUGUUAACAACAGCACGACUCAUUCACGAC